CUUCGAAGUUUGACGUCCGUGUUUGACAGGCUCGGGUGACGCAUUUUUUAUUGCCCUCUUUUUGCAUCCACCGCACAGCAAAAAGGAGUGAUUUUUGUAAAAGUUUAUUCACUUCAUUCGCGUCAUCUGCCCACGCAAAAGCCAGUAGUAGUCUCCGGUGAUUCGUCGCGGUUUGAAUUUCGACUGAGUGCGAUAAUAUUCCGUGGAUAUUUUGGAAGGCCGUUCUGGUGUUUGUGGCAGCAUUUUCACGUCGGUCGCUGUCUAAAAAUAAAGUGCAGUUAGGAAGCGCUACAGAAGCGAAAGUAAAUCAACCAAAUCGCUUGGUGCUAAGUGCAGCUCUGGGAAUUAUCCCGAAGGUGCUCUGUGUUUGGAUUUAAUUAUUAAGCUAAUCGCCCUUGUGGUAAUUAUUGAUUGAUAGUCCUAGUUAUAUAAGUACAUAGUGUCGGUAUACAAAGUAUCGGAAAUUUCCGAAGGAUUGUCAGCUUUGUAGACGUCACACAGAAGGAAAAUGUCCGGCAAAAGUUACAUGGCCAAGUUCAUGAUUCGGAACAUUGUCCAAAUGGUGGUCAACUGUUCCUACAUUUGCGUGUUCUAUAUGAUGCUGCUGAGCUUGCUGGACACGGCGGGGGUCGGUGCGAACAAACUUCCCGAAGAGGACGUAUCGAUGGUGACGGAGGUGAACAAUGCAGACAUCGGCAGCAGUGACCUCCCCGCGGAAAAGUCCGGCGGUUUCUUCAACUCCGAGGUGGGCUUCGUACACGCCUUCGUCGCGUCGUUCUCGGUCAUCAUCGUGUCGGAGCUGGGCGACAAGACGUUCUUCAUCGCGGCCAUCAUGGCCAUGCGGCAUCCCCGGCUGACGGUGUUCACCGGUGCGAUUGCCGCCCUGGCCCUGAUGACGGUGCUGUCGGCCGUAUUCGGCAUGGCGGCCACCAUCAUUCCCCGGGUGUACACCUACUACAUCUCGACGGCGCUGUUCGCCCUGUUCGGGCUGAAGAUGCUCAGGGAUGGCUACUACAUGUCGGCCACCGAAGCGGCCGAGGAGCUGGAGGAGGUGCAGUCCGACAUUAGGAAGCGCGAGGACGAGUUGAUGCGCUCGCGAAACAGCAACCGCAAGGAAACGGUCGAGCUGGUCCCUCUCAACGACCAUGACAGUAGCAAGGUACAUUCGUCGCCGGAUAACACCGUCGGCGGAAGCACCUUGAACGGAUCGAUCCACUCGCUCGUCUCGAACGGCCACCACGAGCUGCCCGGGUCCAAAACGAUUCGCAUGUCCGCAUCGGCGACGCAGCUGCAGGCAUCGAAUCACCAUCUCCCCAGCCAUCACCUUAACGAUAGUAGUACUAGUAUUAAUAGAAGUAAGCAUGGUUCGUCGAAAAGUCUUGCCGUUACGAUGGGCGAGCAGUACGAGCAACGCCAGCGAACACGAUCGGGAAUCGUGGCCAACGGAGGGAUCAACGCGACCGGUGCGGGCACCGUCGCCAAUGGGACCCUCGCUGCGGGACUGGCCGAUGGAAAUGAUAUUACUGCGCUCGGCUCGACCGGGUCCAUCAGCCAAAGCAAACGGCUGGAGCGGGAAACGACGGCCAGCGUCGUCCAGGACGCCGAAACGGGCGUCAUCCGCAAGAACAAACAGCGCAGUGCGUGGAAUCUUCUGUUCAGAAUCUUCAUGCAGGCCUUCACGAUGACAUUCCUGGCUGAGUGGGGCGACCGGUCCCAGCUGACCACCAUCAUCCUGAGUGCCCGCGAAAACGUGUACGGUGUGAUCAUCGGUGGCGUGAUUGGCCACGCCAUCUGCACCGGGCUUGCCGUGAUAGGAGGCCGUAUGAUCGCGCAGAAAAUCUCCGUCAGAACUGUUACCCUUAUUGGUGGUGUCGUAUUCCUAAUAUUCGCUGUCAGUGCAUUGUUCUUCAGUCCGGAGGAAGAACCUGUCAACGUAUCGCCUUAAAAUGGAAAUCAGGACCCCCGACCUCCCCCGCAUAAGGAAACAGGAUUGUGACCAUUCUUAGCCUAUGUAUUUACUUUAGUUAGGACUUUUUUUUACAACCACCGUCAUACCAACAGUGUACCUCUAUGCGAUAAGUUUAUUUUCAUCCACCAGACCCUCAAUGUGAAUAGUCCAUCUUCGAGCCGAAAGUAAGAAAUGAUAUUAGGUUUUUUGAUCAGUUUAACUUUAGGAAAGGUUAGGUCUCAACUGUGUAAAAAAUUAACUCGCAAAAUGUAAUUGAAAAAGUUUUCUAUAUCCUACAAUCUGGCUGUUUGUGUACGAGAAUCAAUCAAAUAUCAUUACGAAAGUGUUGAAUAAUGGAUGUUAGAAUUUUUGCUUCAAAAGUAGAAGAUUUUGGGUUUCAUCUGCUUCGCAUUUGUAUAUGAUUGAAAAAGAGAAUGUUGUUGAUUGGAUUCCAAUUGCAAGUCAAAAUUGACAUCAGAUGAGAAAGUGAUUCAGUCGUGCGUAUGCGCGAAUUGAUCCGAUUUUGUGUACAGAUAACAGGAGCGAUAUGGUUUAACGGGAAACUCUGAAUACACUGAGUAUGUAUUAUGCUACUUUGAUUAGAAAAAAAUAAUUAGAAUAAAUUCUACUCACAACUGAACAA